CGAUGGCGACAAUUGCUCUCACGAAACAAAGUAUUCGGCAGAUUGUGAUGGCAAUUGCUUAGGCUUGGCUUAGUUUCCAUUGCGAGGAGUUCUUCAAUUUAGCGUGGGUGAAAGCUGAAGGAAUAGAUUGCGAGUUUCUCAUUGCGAUACUUAUUCUUCUUCUUCUGCUCUUGUAGCUGGGGUUUACUUAUAUCAACCUAACGAGGUGUUCAGUGUUGAGGAUUUUGAGGAAGGAUGUUAAACUCGGGGGACACGGCCAGUCUUCUGGCCGUUCUGGUAGAGGAGCGAUCGCUGGAGAGCCACUUAUCGGCCUUUGCCAUGGCGUUUAAGCGCCACCAGCAUUUCAAGGCUUGUUAUUGCCUGACUCUGCUCCUCGAGGGACGUCUCUGAGUACACAUGCAAGCGCCACGCCGGUAUAAUUGUGACGUGAACAUGCUGGAUACGUGAGGGGUUGAAAUCUAGGGUUUUAAAGGAUAUUCCUCCAAUCAGUAUGGAGUAAGUCGAGAAGUGAUGGUUAUGUGUUUACUGUUACUUUUGGUUGAUAUGCCUAACUUCAACCAUCUUUGUGGACAUUGUUUUUUUUAGGAUCGGCGGCUUUUAAAGCAGACUCAGCGCCUUGUGGCUUUUUAUAUUCUGUUUGAAUUGUAUCGUGGCGAACAAUCAAGCAUUAAUCCCUUUAUGUCAGUCCUUAUUGAUGCAGCGUCUAAUGAGGCAGCAGAUAAGAUGGAGCGUGCAUUUCUACAAAUCCUUCUGCAGUCUUUGAAUAGCAACAACAAAGAACUUUCGAUGAAAUCAGCCAGUGAGUUUAUCUCAACAUUCGACCCCUCGGUGCAUAAAUUUCUAAGCGCUGAGGCAUUGAAAUCAAGAUAUGCUGGCAAUCUUCCACCCGAGCCCCGCAUAAGCAGUUUCAAGAAGGCAUCGAUCAGCAAUAUAAUCCCCGAUCCAGAUAUACCUCUGGGCUUUGCUCUUGAUUCUACAGAACAUGCUGUGCCAGGAGGUGUGACACAGCUCGGUGCUGGGAACAGAGGAGCUGCGGCUGCGGAAUUGGUACAGUCUUCUUCGCUGAAUGGACUUGAACCUCCUUGGGUGCGCCCUGCCCCUCCAAGACUUCCUCCCCAGCAAGGAGAGAUGAUUUGGCUAAUUCCAGACACCCAACAUGAGCUUAUGUGGGAUUAUGGGAUGUGUGCCGAUACCAGCCGUGAUGCUGCUAUCCGAGAUCUUAUAAAUCGUGCUUUGAAAGGUCCUUUGGCACCUGCGCAGCAAAAGAAAGUCCUAAUGGAGCUAGAAGCUGAUCCUAAACUUGUAUACCACUGCGGGCUUACCUCACGACGUUUGCCUGAACUUGUAGAAAAUAAUUCUGUAAUUGCUGUUGAAGUUUUGCUGAAGUUGAUGAAUUCCAACCAGAUUAUAGACUAUUUUAAAAUGCUUGUCAAUAUGGAUAUUAGUCUACACUCGAUGGAAGUUGUGAAUCGCCUUACAACAGCUGUGGAUCUUCCUACUGAGUUUGUGCAUAUGUACGUCUCCAACUGUAUUUCAUCGUGUGAAAAUAUCAAGGACAAGUGCUUGCAAAACCGUCUGGUUCGAUUGGUUUGUGUCUUUUUGCAAAGCUUGAUUCGAAACAAGACAAUCAACGUGCAAGACUUGUUCAUAGAGGUUCAGGCGUUUUGCAUCAACUUUUCACAGAUACGAGAGGCUGCCACUCUUUUCCGACUUCUGAAGACAUUGGAAUGCUGAUUAGCAGAUCUUGUAUUUUCUCCCCAAUCGUGGUGAAUAAUUUUUAGAUAGAUCGGCAAGGAUUGAUACGUAGAGGGGUAACCACUCCCCAAUGGUUGUGUAAAGUACUAAGAUCUCAUGUCCGAAUUCUUGGGACACACAUUCAAUACAUUUUCUUAGUUACUUCUACCCUGCA